GUCAUCGUGACUGUAAUUGAAAAAAGUGAAAAAAUCGUUUAAUAGCCGUAAAAUGUGUUAAAUCAAGCCAUUAUUCACUUUAUUCCUAUAGUGCUUUCUGUUUUCUGCCGAAUAGUGUCAUUAAGCGUGCGAAAUGACGCAGUAUUUGCCUCCAAACCUGCUGGCAUUAUUUGCCCCACGCGAGUCGAUCCCGUUUCUGCCACCACCGGAUAAGCUCCCUCAUGAGAAAAAAUCGCAAGGCUACAGCGGCGUUGGUUCUUUCCUGGAUUUAUUCGAGGAUCCUAAAGAUACCCCGCCACCAACAAGAGUGGAAACCCGAGAAGAACGGGUUGAACGCAGACGCCGUGAACGGGCCGAACAGGUUGCCUACAAACUGGAACGGGAAAUCGCCACUUGGGAUCCGACACAGCUGGAGAUUGCGACCGAAGACCCGUUCAAGACACUGUUCGUUGCUAGGGUGAAUUAUGAUACUUCGGAAUCUAAACUGCGGAGAGAAUUUGAAAUUUACGGGAAUAUCAAGAAAAUUGUUUUAAUUCAAGAUAAGGAAACCGGCAAACCGCGGGGUUACGCUUUUAUUGAGUAUGAACAUGAACGGGACAUGCAUUCUGCCUACAAGCAUGCCGAUGGUAAGAAAAUUGACGGUAAACGAGUGCUGGUUGAUGUCGAACGAGCUCGCACGGUAAAGGGAUGGCUUCCUCGCCGGCUCGGUGGUGGGCUUGGCGGUACACGCCGAGGAGGGCCUGACGUCAACAUCAAACAUUCUGGCCGUGAAGAUAACGAACGAGAGCGUGAACGAUAUCGGCUGGAGCGCGAACGAGAGGACGGAAUGCGCGAGCGACGCGAGCCGAGAUUUGAACAGAGACCAUUUGAUCGUCGUCGUUCUCGCUCUCGUGAUCGGGAACGCCGCCGGCGUAGCCGUUCUAAGGACCGUCGCCGAAGACACAGCCGUGAGCGAGAGUACGAGAAACCGGAACGGGAGGAGCGUUGGGACAAGGAGCGUGAACGCAGCCGUGAGCGGGACCGGGAACGUGAUCGAGAACGGGAUCGUGAACGUGACCGCGAGCGGGAACGUGAUCGGGAGAAGAAACGUAGACGCACUCGCAGCCGAUCCCGGGAUCGAGAGAGGGAGCGUGUUGAUAAAAAACGUGACAAACGGGACAAGGACCGGGAACGUAAGGAACGCAAACCUGAAUUCCGCGAGGGUGACAUUAAGAUCAAAGAAGAACCGUUGGAUGAUUAUCCUGACUACAGUGCCCAAUACGCACAGUACCCAAUGCAGGUUAAGACUGAAGAUGGUGUUGAGGAAAAAUAUCGUCCCCACGAGCACGAGCAAGAAGAGAAUGGGGCUCCUCGUGGUGGGCGGCCCGGAGAAAACGGUGCUCGUUUCGGAGCUAUGCCUCACAAUGAUGAUGAUCAUUACAACAAUCGCUACGGAGGUUAUAAUUAACCGAACUCAAAAAGGUUUGUGUGAAAUAUUCUUUUCCGCAAUUCGUGUUGCUCCGUGUUGCUUACGAGCAAGUUCAAACAUUUUUUUUACCAUUUAUUCAAAAUGUGUUGUAAGUUGUGGACCGUAAAAUUCACAAAAAUCUAAAUUGAUUGCUUACGUAAGCCGAACAAGUUUGUGAUUCAUAGACGUUUGUUCGCUCGUACAUCCGAUCAUGUUUUUAAAUUGCAUAAAAUAAUAUAACUUCUCAGGUCACGCAUGCUUGACAGUAAUGAACUAUUGUGCUUGUGACAGCCUGACACUCAAUUUGACAAGCUGUAUGUAUUUUAUCACAUACAUCAUACAAACACACACAAAGCAGACAUUCACGUAACAAUUGUUAGCGUUGUUAAACGCUAAGACCUUCUUUGAUAGCGGUAGAAAUAUCCCAGGUUUAGCAACUGUAUGCUCUAAAGUAAGUAAAUAAAAAUGAU